UGGGUCACAAAAAAAUUAAAUCAAGUGGUUGUGAUUAAUACUGUGUUUACUGCCAUGGUUGACACAUACAGGAUAGAAUGGUGUUAAAAAUAGCGGCAACCUCUCACUCCCCUCCCCGGACGAAGACAAGGCGAGACAAGACAAAGUUCAAGACAGGACAAGACAAGGUUUCGUUUUUAUUGUCUCUCUCGCUUGCAUUCUUCAGCAUACACAUUUCCUCUUUCUUUCUCUAUUCUCAUCUCUUUAUUAUAUAAAAAGUACAGACUGAUUCCAAACCAAUGACAUCAACACCGGACUCGGCAACUAACCACCAAGCGCAGAUCGAUUUUCUAACAAAGGAGCUACAGUCCAAUCCAUCCGACCCAGCCACGCUACUGCUCCAACGGUCCGCGCACCACGGGCACUUGGGAGACACAGCUAGCGCACAACGCGACAUAGCGCAGGCAUCUGCGCUGAUCCAAGACCCGCGCUACAGAACAGAAGAAAACGUCGUGAAGGUUGAACAGGCGUUCCGCGAAAUCACACUAGGAUCAACCCCUCCAAUUUCAGCCAAUGGCAGGUUUGAGCAGAUGACAGAUGAGCAGCUUGCCGAGGCAAUUUGUGACUCGCAGGUGGCUGGGGCUGGGGCUGGGACUGCGGCGAGGGCGGAGCCGCUGGAGGAGGCUGUUUUGAACAGACUCGUGGACUUUUUUCACGUGACCGGUGCCGAGGCAGAGGCAAGGGCAGAGACAAAGGGAAAAACAAAGGCAGAGGCAAAGACAGAAGCACAGGCAGAAGCACAGGCCAGGGCAGUAGCUGCGUGCAUUUCAGAGAGCAUAGCGAUGAUGGAGGCCAGAGCCCACGGGCUGCUGGCACGCGUGUGCGCGCGGAUGGAGUGUGCGUGGCGGGCGGCCAUGGCCGCGGACGAGCAGCGGGCCGGCGUGCUUGCGGAAAUUGGCAGCGGAAUGUACGCGACCGCAGCGGCCGCGCUGGCGGAUUUGGGUGCGCAAGAGGCCGCGCAGGCGUUCGACUUCUGCAUCGACGCGUGGGUGGCCGCCACCAAAGCGGAGGCCGCCGAGGGCCAGGGCGCAGCACGGGCAGUCCUGCGGCUGCUCGCGGCCAACCGCCCGCUGCUCAUCCACCGCUUCGCCACGCACCCAGCGGCGCUCUCGCGGCUGCUUGCCAUUCUCGGCAGCGCGCCCUUGGGCGGGCGGCGGGCAGGGGGCGUGCUCGUGGCCAGCCAGAUCGCCGCCGCAGCCGCCGACCCAGCCAACUCGGCGCUGUUCCCUGACUUCGACGCACAGGCAAAAGGAGGCUCGCCCCCGGCACUCGCGCUGCUGCAGGCCGAGGCUGCGCGCCAGCUGGACGCCUGGGUGCAGUCGACGGCGCAGGCGGAGCGCGCACGCGGGCUGCUCGCGCUGGCUGCACUGCACGAGGCUGGCGGCGGCACGCUGGCCGGCGCGCUGUGGGCGCAGCCGGAGUGGGUCGGCGACCUGUGGGACCAGGCGGAGUUCGACCUGCCGCCGACGCAGCUUGCGCUCCUGCGGCUCGCCGACGCCAGCGCCACGGGCGCGCAGGCGCCUGCGAUGAAGCGCGCCGGCAACGCGCUGGUGCAGGCGCUGGCGCGCAGCAGGGCAGAGGGCGCCCAGGCGGCGGAGGGCGCCCAGGCGGCGGAGGCCGCCCAGGUGGCGGAUGCUGCCGCGGCUGUGCUGGCCAAGUGG